GAGCUCACUCCCUCCUAAAGGAGGUCAGUUAUCGACGACAACGUUUCUUUUUCACUAUACACAAGAACAUCUUGCGUAUCAACACAAAAUAUUUUCCAGUUUUUCGUUCCUCCUUAUAUAUCCGUUUUUAUGUCCCUGGUGCUUUCUAUUCGUUUUUAAAGGAAAAAAAAGGGAAAUUGUUGAAAAACUCCAACAGAAACAGAAAUUGGGACGUAAGUGUUUUCGUUUUUAAGAGAGAAAGAGGGUCCCGGCAAUCAGAGAGGAGAAAAAUGAAUUCAGAACUUUUGUUGGUGACAAUUUUUGUCGCCUUUGCAAUGGUCAUUAUGGCGGUGUCCACCCAUUCUACUCAAAAAAUAGAAGACCAAAUCGAAACCAAUUUAAAAAUCAUCAAACGCUCGCAAUGGAAUGCAGCAAAACCAAUAGACAAAUCGCCCUUCAAUAGCCCGGUGCCAUAUGUGAUCGUACAUCACACGGCCAGCCCCCCUGCAUGCUACACACAUUUAGCCUGCCAAAAUGCAUUAAGGUCAAUGCAGAGGACUCAUCAACUGGUUAACGGGUGGGAUGACAUUGGUUACAAUUUCCUAAUCGGAGCCGAUGGUGAAAUUUACGAGGGUCGUGGCUUUGGUGUACAAGGGGCUCAUGCGCCCGGCUACAAUUAUCGCAGCAUAGGAAUUUGCCUAAUUGGCAAUUGGUCAGACUCAGUGCCACCCCAAGAGAUGCUGGAUAAAAUGAAAGAGCUUAUAAAUUAUGGCGUCGAGAAGGGUCAUAUCCAAAGGAAUUAUAGACUGCACGGACAUGGCCAAGUAAAGGCAACCGAAUGCCCAGGCAAGGCUUUACAAGCGGAAAUUGAAAAAUGGGAACAUUUUAGUAGAGCCACAAAAAGAUAGACGAGCUCUGACGUAAACAGGCGUUUACUAAGCAAUUGGAAUUUAAAUUGAAGUAUUAUAGAGAAGAAAAAAUAUUUGUAUUGUAAAGUAAAUCCUUAUUUUUUAAAUUAUUGUGCUUGGAUGGAGUUAAGUUAUUCGAAUAAAUAGAAAAUUA